ACCAAAAGGAUUUUUUUUGUCUCGGCAGGUCACAGAAGGCUAUGCCUUACACUGGUGACACCAAUUUGUGGUUGUGUUUGCACAGGAAAACCUCAACUGACUGUUUGAAUUGUUUUGGGAUUACGCUGCAGCACCCUGGGAUGAUGCAAGUGUUUAAUUGAGGACAUUUUGACAGUUGCACGACGUGGAAGGAUUAUUAGUCAGCCUCCUUAUAAUUAGGAAUAUGAAUGGUUGUGAAUGGGAUUGAAGCAAUUGCAGUCCAUUAUGUGUCAGCGUGUAUUUUGCCAGGAUAAAUGAAUCUACAGCAGAAUAAAACCCCCACAGCGAAACGGAGUUGAAUGAAAAACGCGUUUUACGCACAAGCCGCGUGCUGGAACUGAGUGGAGGCACUGUUUGGCCUUGGUGACGCUCCGUUGAAAUGGGAGACAACAUGUCCAAGAGAUUAAAACUGGUAACUGCAUCUGAAUCAGAGAUGGAGGAGAGGUCCUUCAUCAACCCUUACCCCGACUGGGACCAGGGAGUUCUCACAUCUCCAAACUCAGAAGAAGACAGUGAUGGCGACGAACCAUUUGACGCAAACGGAAAGGUCAGUGAGGCGUUCCGUAAGAAACUUCAGAAUAAGAUGAAGGACCUGCUGCUGCAGAUGGAGGAGGGCCUCAAGACAGCCGACCCCCACGACUACUCUACAUACACCGGCUGGACAGGCAUCGCCCUGCUGUACCUGCAGUUGCAUCGCGUGACCAACGAGACCUCCCACCUCCAGAGGGCGCUGGACUAUGUGAAGAGGACCCUGCGCAGCCUGAGUGGCCGCCGCCUCACCUUUCUCUGUGGUGACGCGGGGCCCCUGGCCGUCGGGGCCGUCACACACCAUCGACUCAACAACCAGGCAGAGGCCCAGGAAUGUAUUACCAAGCUGCUGCAGCUGCAGAGGUCGGUGCUGUCCCCUGACUCUGAUGUUCCUGAUGAGCUGCUCUACGGGAGAGCAGGCUACCUCUACACCCUCCUCUAUGUCAACAAGGAGAUCAGCCCAGACACUGUGGACGAGGCCACCAUCGCUAAGGUGGUGACGGCCAUCUUGGAGUCGGGUAAGAACCUGGCGAAGGAGGAGAAGAAGGCUGAACGCUGCCCCCUGCUGUACGAGUGGCAUAAGAAGCAGUACGUAGGAGCCGCCCACGGCCUGGCCGGCAUCUACUACACACUCAUGCAGACCGGUGCCAAGGUGCAUGUUGACAUUCUGAGUGAGUUGGUGCGUCCCAGUAUUGACUACGUGCGCCACAAGAAGUUCCGCUCUGGAAACUACCCCUCGUCCCUCAGCAACGAGACGGACCGCCUGGUACACUGGUGCCAUGGGGCCCCGGGGGUCAUCCACAUGCUCAUCAUGGCCUACAAGGUCUUUAAGGAUGAGAAGUACAUGAAGGAUGCGGUGGAGUGCGGUGAGGUGAUCUGGCAGCGGGGGCUGCUGCGUAAGGGCUACGGCCUCUGCCACGGCACCGCCGGAAACGGAUACGCCUUCCUGUCCCUAUACAAGCUGACCCAGGACAAGAAGUACCUGUACCGCGCAUGCAAGUUUGCCGAGUGGUGCCUGGGCUAUGGAACCCACGGCUGCCGCAUUCCCGAUCGGCCAUACUCACUGUUUGAAGGUAUGGCAGGAGCAAUCCACUUCCUCUCAGACAUCAGUGAGCCAGAGUCGUCCUGCUUCCCUGCAUUUGAACUUUGACCCCGGAGAGAGCUGAACCUUAACCCCAUGGCAAGAUGCAGUGUGGAGCCAAGAAGCUUGCAAAGGACUGAGGGGGGGCGGGAUGGAAUGGGAUGAGAUUGGAAUGAAGGGGUUUGCCGGAUUGCGAUUGCACUCAGAAGCGGGGCCAGGAAUUGUGGCCUUUUGGGGGCAGAGAUUGUGGCAUAGCUGUCUGAGUGUCUCUACCUGAGGGCCAUUGGGUCAUCAGGAAGAGUUUGAGAGUUGAGGAGGUGAAGGCGAGGGCCAUUCUUGUUGCCACAGGAGCCAGACCUAGAGUGUUUUUGUAGGCACUGAUGCAAAAUGAAGGGGAAAAAGUAAGAAAAGGAAAUACAAAACCUUGAGCGAGUCCCAAGCCUUCAGCCUAUAGGCUAAUGUCUACAGAAAUGCCUAAAAGUGGCCACUUCUUGUCUUCUUUUUUAUGUGUCGCUUGAAGUCUAUCUCUGUGUCUCAAAUGGUGCACUUGUGCACUUAAGUGUUAAGUGUUUCAGUGUGCAUGGUGUAUUAAUUACGUACUGAAACAUAGUGCCCGAAGUGUACAAGUGCACCACCUGAGACAAGAACAUAUGACCCAAUGAUGUUAGUUGUUUGUCUGUUUGAGGGACGGAUGGUGAAUCAUCCUUUGUCACAUGAUUUUUUUUUUUAUUUAGUAAGGAUGAGUUUUUUUUCAUCCCUGCAAUUUGCUUAUGGGUGAAUUGUUUCCAUUGUUUAACUAACUAUGUACAUGGAUGGAAUCUUGUUCACUUCUGCAUGCUUGUCCUGUUCCUGGAUAUCUGUGAGUCUGUCUGUGUCUGACUGUCCUUUUGUGCGUUUGUCCUUUGCUAAAAGCUUGUCUGUGCUCUGUGAUCAUUUCUGCACCCCUUCCUCCCCCCCCCCAAAAAAAAACCCACCUUGUUAGUCACCCCUGUUAACCAAAGGGCAACUUUGUUAGUCAACCCUGUUACCCAAAGUCAACCCUGUUAGUCAACCCUGUUACCCAAAGUUACCCCUGUUGCUGUUGUUCACUGCAUGAAACAGCAGAAUUUCUCUUCUUGUCGGAAUGUUGUCCCUGCAUGGCUUGAACCAAAACAAAGCAGCAUCCAUGUUUAAGAUGGCCGUGAUGCUGGAACGCCAUGGUUGUGUCUUCUGUACUGUCUGUACUGUCUGUCUGUACUGUGUGUACUGUUCGUCAGUCACGUCAGUGUCAGUAUCGUGAUCUGCGUCGAGGAAAGUUAACGUUCAUGAAAUGAGCACUGGGGGAAAAUACAAAGAGAUUACUUGUUUACUGACUUUUUAUUUCCUUUGUUUCGGCAGUAAAUAUUGUUUCCCGGUACAAACAGUGUUACUUCUGAAUGUUGCAAUAAACUUGAUUUGUGCUU